GUCUCUUCAUUUUCUUUCUAUAGAAAGCUUUUCCCUGAAGGAAUUUGUUAAAAAUCCCAGCAAAGCACAGACAGGAAUGAACUCCUCCUGUGUGUGCUGAGAUGUCAUUUAUGUGGUCCAUAAAGCCAAGUGGGCAGGGUGGGGGUGCCUGCAAUCCCAUUUCUCAGUGGGGUUAAACACAGUUUCCUCACAGCUCACUACACCAGCUCACCAAAAUGGUGUUCUCUAGAGGCAGGAACCUUACUUCAAGCCAACCUGAGCUGAAGCUGCCUUACUUUUUUUAGAUCAACAGUUCCAGAAAAUGCAGGUGUCUUUCAUGGUUUCCUGUUUCUUGUCAAUUUAAAUAAUGAAAAAGUGAAGUUGCUUAACUUCCACAAUUGUGUAAGCCCAAGUCUGAGCUUUGAACUGUGUGACAGAUGCUUCUCACCAAGCAAGUGGUUAAACUGGUGUGCUGAUACCUGGGGAGUUUUCCAGCAGCACUUCCAUGGUGGGAGGUAAGAGGGAGCUGGAUCAUUUCUUGCUUCUUUCAUUAUUGCAAGCACAGCACUCUGUGAGGUUUGCUGUGGGAAACUGGGAGGUUUCAUGGUUUGACUCCUCUGGAAUGUGGCAACAAUGGGAUGCAGUGGGAAAUGUGGCAGCAGCAGAGAACAGGGUGUUUAUUUUCAUGUUGUAGUAUUUUCACAUUAUUCACAAUCCACAGUUUGCAAAGCAUGUGGUGAGAAAUGCCAGUGUAGGGGUUUUGUAGAAUGUCUGUAAGAAUCCUUAUCUCUAAGAUUCCACGCCCAAAUUUGAGAAGUUACUGUUCCUGUUUUGGUGGGAAAAGUCAAUUUAACUUAAACACAUCAAGGAAGGAACUUUUCAAAGCUGCUGCUUAUGAAAAUGCUCACAGUGUUUUAGCUGCUGCAAAAAUCAUCCUGUAGGUGCUGUUUGGUUAUUAAAUAUCCUGCAUUUUCUGGGUGAGAAGGUGCCGUGCCCAUCAGGGAGCAGUGACCUCCUGUGCUCAGGAACAAGACACUGGAAGGGGUUGAUGCUGAGGAACUGCCAGGUUUGAGUGGCUUUGUGCCACUUUUAAAAAUUUCCAAGAAAUGCUUAAAAAUUAAAUCAAGUCUUUUGAGUUAGAAGAGGAUGGCAGGUUUGUUUUGCUGAUGUGUAUACCUGUUUAAAUAUAACUCUCUUCCCUUUCUUUCAGCUUUUCUUUCUGUCAGUUAAUGCUCUGAGAGAAUGGGAAGCCCUUCCUCAAAACCAGCUACAGUUGCACCAGAAGCCAUUCCCACUACUACCACUGUCCCCAGCACUGUCCCCAGCACUGCCCACACCACUACAGCUGCUUUCAGAGCUGCAGGGGUUGGAUGCUGGAUUGAUAACCAUGAAAUACUGUACAUGUCCUUGGCCUUCAUCUCUGGUGUCCUCCUGACUGUCCUGGUUUUUGCAAUCAUCUUCCUCUUCAGGAAAAGUUAUAAAAAAUCCCACCAAACUUUACAAGAGGAAGCUUUCUCCCAGGUGGCAGCUGAGGAAUUUCUUAGGAACACCCAGAAUGAAGUGAUCUACAGCACUCUGGUCUUCCAGCGGGGCAGGACAUCACUGCCUGUGUGAUGAGGAUGAAAUAUGAAAUGUUUCCAAAUGAACUAAAAACAUUCCCACUUUCUGGACAUCAAAAGCCACGAGGAUGUUGCACCAUGGGAAUGCCCCAUGCCCUCUGUGACACAGCUCUUUUUGCAGUUAUGACUGGAAGCUGUCUCCUGUUCCAAACUGGCUGCCACCAGUGUGGGCAAAGGGAGAGUUGCUCUACAGGAUUUCCUCAUCUGUAGAAAUCUCCCUGCCCUUGUAAAGUUUCCGUUUGUGAGAGCUACCAGAGAGAAUUGAGAAAUGAAAAUGUUUCUCUGCAUCUAUCCACGUCUCUGUCCUUGUGUUUCCCUUUUCGGUCAGCAACUCUAACUUUUUGUAUUGUGUUUUUUUUUAUUGCCGAGUGCUCUGUUUAGUAAUUUUCUGUUAUUGAAGUGUUGAUAAUGAAAUGUUUAUAUGCAAAUCUCUGCUUCCUGGUCGGGUCCCAUGAAAGAAAUGCACAAUCAGGGUGUGA